ACUGGGAGAAGAAGGGAGGGGGCUGGGGCGUGUGGCUGGGACAUGUCAGCACAACACUAGGAGUCGGGUCUCCCUCCUCCCCCCUGUGCUGUGUCCCCAGUGUACACACACUCCCAGGCUCACACUCUGUACACACUGGCACCCAGGCCGGGCACACACAGGCCGAGGAUGAGCGACAGGUGCUGAGGAUGACCUAGCUGUGGGUACGCAGGAGAUGCUGGGGGGCCACGACGCAAGACGAAGAAAAAAAACCCUGGGAUUGUGCAGCAGCUCUGCAGCAAGGAUGAAAGAAAAGGGGUCAACUACAUAACCAUCCGAGGGGGAGGGAAAGAGACAAAGGGGAUGUGAGACUGGGACUUACAUGGAGAUACUGGAAAGCACCUGUUGGAAAGAAAAAGCCAAAACGAGGGACACCCCAGGCGACAAGUAAAGCCCAAUCAGGCAGGGGGCUCGGUGCCGUAGACCCAACGCCAUGUUCCGUCUGAAGACCCAGAACCCACGAGCAGAUGGAGCCGGUGAAGGACUCGCACAAUGAGGCCCGGUCUCCCUAACACAAUAUUCAUGGAUUAUCAAGCCCUCCCUGAUUUCCAGCCACACCGCAGCCCAAUACCCUAUGGGCGUGAAAGCAGCAUGGUGCCCGGUAUUGGAGAUCCACCUCCCAGAGAGAGGCAUCGGGUGGUUAUGUACCAACAGGAGAGUUUGGCUUUUGGUGGUGUCCCCCCUCUUUGCACUGAGAGACAGUUGGGGUUCAGUACUGUGCAGAGUCCUCUCAACUCUGGGAUCGCUGGAGUGACAAACCACAUACAGGAUCACUGGAUCAUGGGUUUCCACAACAAAGGUUUGGACCAUAUCAUGGAGACCCAGACCCAAGCCAGAGAUCAGCAUCAUCUCUCAGAGGACCUAACCUUACAGGAACAGAAGAACAGCAGCACAGAGAGUGACAGUGACCAUCCCGAAACUCCAUCUGUCUCCAGCCAGGAGAAUGCAAGACCUGUCUGCAGAACUCCACGGAGCUCAGAAAGAGCCAAAUCAGCCUGGCGUAAACUUCGUCUGUACCUCCCCGAAGUCAGCAGCUCCCUACCUUCUCCGUCAGGAGAGGAGGAUGCCGUGUUUCCUGAACCUGAAGACCCCACUCCUCCAGUGACUGAGGAGAAAGAGCCUCCCGAGGUUCUGGAGGUGACGUCACCCCCCGGUAAGGUGGAGCAGGAGAGGUGGAGAUUCUCAGCCACGGAACUUAUAUCUAAACUGCAGCUCACCCAGCGGAGGAACAACUUCACUGCCAGGCUCGGCAAGUCCCUGUCCACCAAGAUCACCUUAAGAGAGCGAGGGGCGUCUGCUGGACAUGAGGGAAAAUCCGGGAGAAGGGAAAGAAGAUGCAACAGUGCGGGCGUGACCAGUCUUCUUCAACCAGCCACAGUGGACACAGCAGACACCUCAUGGCUCAGGAACAAACUGACAGAGGGUGGGGAGUCCAGUCCCGUGAGGCCAUCCAGCCAGGAGGCCGAGAGUCACAGCCAUAUGAGAGAGUCACCUUGUAAAGAAAGACAGACUGGGUGUCGGAGUGAUUCAGAGAAGACAGACAGAAGGCAGUCAUACUGUGAGAGGAGGCAGUCACGCUUCCUGCUGAGCUCAAUCCUGUAUCAAGAGUACAGUGAUGUGGCCAUAAACCGAGAGCUACAGCGGCAGAAACGUGAGGACACCACCGGAGAGGAAGAUGAUGUGUCGGCAAGUCCCAAGAGCAACCUAUCCCCAAGCAGCUCCUUCCGCUCCCAGCGUUCGUCCCGAGGUUCCACAUUCUCUCUGUGGCAGGAUAUUCCAGAUGUGAGGUGCAGUGGCCUGCUCAAUACACUGACCAUCCAAGAGAGGAAACUACAAGAGGCUAAAUUCGAAUUAGUGACCUCAGAAGCUUCGUACGUGAACAGUUUGUCCAUAGUUGUGGAUCAUUUCCUGAACUCUCCAGAACUAAAUGAGUGUCUCGGCGCCCAGGAGAAGCAGUGGCUUUUCUCUAAACUUCCAGAAGUGAAGGAAAUCAGUGAGAGGUUCCUGACAGACCUGGAGGUCAGGCUGGAGGAAGACAUCUUGAGAUUUGACGUUUGCGACAUUGUGUUACGUCAUUGUCCAGAGCUGCGUCGAGUUUAUCUUCCAUAUGUCACCAAUCAGGCCUACCAAGAACAAACCUACCAACGGCUGCUACAAGAGAACGCUCGUUUCCGUGGUGUCCUGGUCAAACUGGAAGAGGAUCAAGUCUGCCAGCGCCUGCCCCUGACAUCCUUCCUCAUCCUGCCCUUCCAGAGGAUCAUGCGUCUGAAGAUGCUGGUAGAGAACAUCUUGAAACACACGGCCCCUGGGUCACACAAUGAAGAAACGGCGAGCCAAGCCUUCACUGGACUCAAGAAGUUGGUGAUGGAGUGCAAUUCUAGCGUCCAGUCCAUGAAGAGAACCGAGGAGCUCAUUCAUCUCAACAAGAAGAUUCACUUUGAAAGUAAGAUUUUCCCACUGAUCUCGCAGUCUCGCUGGUUGGUGAAGCACGGGGAACUGACAGAACUGGACAUGCAGAUUCCGAACACGGCCGGAUCACGCUUUAAACUCUGCCCGAAACCUGUGUAUCUGCAUCUAUUCAAUGACUGCCUCCUGCUCUCCAGGAAGAAAGAGUUGGGCCGGUUUGCCGUCUUUGCGCACGCGCAGGUGUGUGACCUAAAAGUGACAGAUCUGAGCUGGAAGCUGCAGGAGGUUCCUGGGGAAGUGUUCCACGUCCAUCUGUGCCACGAGCAGAAACCAAAGCACCAGAUCCUACUUCGGGCGCAGAGCGAGAGUCAGAAACAGCGCUGGAUCUCAGCCAUGUGUCCUUCAAAUCCAUUCAGUGACCUCGAGAACCUGACAGAAGGCGAAGAUGCCCCGCAAGUGCAGUGCAUCAAGGGUUAUACCGCACAGGAGCAUGACGAGCUGACCCUGGAGAAAGCUGACAUUCUCCGCCUCACCGCCAAAACAAGCGAUGGAUGGAUGGAAGGUAUUCGGCUUUCAGAUGGAGAGAGGGGCUGGGUGCCAGCGACUCAUGUGGAGGAAAUCACCAGUAAGAACGCUCGGCUGCGCAACCUGCGGGAGAAUAAGAGAAUCAAGCAUGCCACUAGCAAACUAGAGAUGAAACCGCCAUAGCCCGGAGACCCCUCACUAUCGUGUUCCAAUGGGGGUCGUGGUAUACGCAUAGAAUAUUAUAAUGUCCUGUACAUUUCAGCAGACUUUCUGUAGUUGGACUUUUAGUCCUGUGUGCUCAUGGGGCCCCCAAUGCUUGUGGAGCCCUUAUACCUUUGUGGAGAUACGGAAGUGGCCUUUCAACCUGUCACACAGGACUGCUGCAAUUUACCCCCUGAUCCAAGGAUGGAAAACGUUACCUGGUUCUCCCAAAAUCCACCAUUAUGGUGCAUGAGGAAUACUAUCGAAUUACCUUUCCUAGAAGUGACACAGGCACUGUCUGUUCGGGAUCACCCAGUAGAAAAACCUGCAGCACGAUAGUGACAGAAGUGCCAAGAAUUUGCCAGUACUACAAGGAUCGAAUAUUCCGGCCAAAUGUGUCCAUGUUGGGUGGGCUGAGACCCUAUGACACCAUAAGAAUAUAAUCUGAUUAGCAAGAGGUCCAAUGAAUCUCCUUCUUACACCACAGAGAACUCUGUAAAUAGCUCUACACUGCCUUGUAAUUAAAUCUUCUUCAGAUGAA